AUGUCAGGGGAAGGAGAUGCACAAAAGGGAAGGAGAAUCGCCAUAAUGGGAGUCUCAGCCCUAUUAUUGGUGGCUAUGGUGGUUGCCGCCGUGACAGUCCGUCAAAAAGAUGGCUCUGACAACGAAACAGAGGACAACAAGAACAGACACGUGGCUUCCACCGUGAAAGCUGUUCAAACCUUUUGCCAUCCCACCGACUACAAAAAAGAAUGCGAGGAAAGCCUCGUAACAGUGGCUGGCAACACCACAGACCCAAAAGAACUCAUCAAAAUCGCCUUCAACGUCACCAUUGCCAAAAUUGAGAACAAAAUCAAGGACACGGAUCUCAUGCACGAGGUCGAGAAGGAGCCAAGGGCCAAGAUGGCACUUGAGACGUGCAAGCAACUCAUGAACCUCUCAAUUGAGGAACUGAGAAGGUCGCUCGACGGAAUCGGCGAGUUCGAUCUGAGAAAUUUGGAGGAGAUCCUCAUGAACUUGAAGGUGUGGCUCAGUGGCGCAGUGACGUACCAAGACACUUGCUUGGACGGCUUCGAGAACAGCACCAGCGAAGCCAGUAAAAGGAUGGAAGAGCUUUUAACGCAGAGCAUGCACAUGAGCAGUAACAUCCUUGCCAUCGUCACGGAACUAGCCGACAGUGUCGCCGAUUGGAAUGUCACCCAGUUACUUGGGCGUCGCCUCCUUCUAGAACAUUCCGAUGAUCGCCGGAGGAUCCUGGAUGCAUUUAAACUCAAGCCUAAUGUGACUGUGGCCAUGGAUGGGAGCGGUGAUUGCAGGAGCGUGAAUGAGGCAUUGAAGAAGGUGCCUGAGGAGAACGAAAGGCCAUUUGUGAUCUACAUCAAGGAAGGGAUUUACCCAGAGUAUGUUGAAGUCACCGAGCAAAUGACACACGUGUUUUUUGUGGGUGAUGGUGGCAAAAGGACGCGAAUCACUGGCCACAAAAACUUCAUAGAUGGGAUUAACACCUACAAAACCGCCACUGUUGCAAUUCAAGGAAAUUACUUCGUAGCUAUCAACAUGGGGUUCGAGAACUCGGCUGGGCCGGAAAAGCACCAAGCAGUGGCAUUGAGGGUUCAAGGAGAUAAGUCCAUCUUCUACAACUGCUCAAUGGAUGGGUACCAAGACACGCUUUACGUACACACAAUGCGUCAAUUCUACCGAGACUGCACCAUUUCGGGCACCAUCGACUUCGUCUUUGGGAACGCUUUAGCCGUUUUCCAAAACUGCACUUUCGUGGUGCGAAAGCCGAUGAAGAACCAACAAUGCAUCGUGACAGCACAGGGAAGAAAAGAAAGGCAACAACCUUCAGCAAUAGUCAUCCAAGGUGGGUCCAUUGUGUCUGACCCUGAGUUCUACCCAGUGAGGUUCGAGAACAAGGCUUAUCUAGCACGUCCUUGGAAGAAUUACUCAAGGACGGUGGUUAUGGACACUUACAUUGACGAUUUGAUUCACCCUGAUGGGUAUUUGCCAUGGCAAGGACCAGAAGGCCCCACCGGAAUGGACACAUGCUUUUAUGUGGAGUACCACAACACAGGGCCUGGAUCAGACAAAUUGAAGCGUGUGAAUUGGGCUGGAAUUUGGAACCUCAAUUCCAAAGCUGCACGUUUGUUUGCUCCUUCCAAGUUCUUUCAUGGCAGUGAUUGGAUUGAGGAUAUUGGAAUUCCUUACUACCCUGGUGUGCCCGACCAUCACAGGCACAAAAAGACGAUACUCCCUUGGUGA